AGGGGAGGAAAGAACGUUAAGAAAAUCCCCGAUCCCCAUCCAGGCACAUCGAUCAACCUGAUUACGAUCACUUCAAAAUGCCAUCCUAAACCUAACCUACGGCGUGAACUUCUCUUUAUUCCCUUUUCUUCCUAAUUUCUUCUUCGCCCUUCUUUUCCCCUAUAACCCAUCUCUCACCUCUCAUCUCUCACCCCUCAUCCCUCAUCUCUUCUUCGUACAUUCCUUUAACAAUAUUUGUUCAUUAUCACGAUAAGAACAAUGUCUCCCCCGCGCAAUUCUAACAGCAUUGGAAGCUGGCUCUUCUUCCUUGCCACUCUCCUCGGCGCUAUUUUCCCUAUCUACUACAUGCUUGAGAAGAAUCUCGACAAGUUCUACAUCUUUGAUCAUGAGCAUCUCCAUGAUCUUUCCAAGCGCGCUAUCGCCGAGCAUGGCAAUAACACCAAGGCCAUUGUUGACUACAUUGUCACCGAGCUCCAUGGCAUGCACCCUGCCAACGUCAACCUGAACGAGGAGUGGAUGUUCAACAACGCUGGCGGCGCCAUGGGUGCCAUGUACAUUAUCCAUGCCAGCAUCACCGAGUACCUCAUCAUCUUUGGAACGGCCGUUGGCACCGAGGGCCACACCGGUGUCCAUACCGCCGACGACUACUUCAACAUCCUCACUGGCACCCAGCUUGCCUACGUCCCUGGCGAGUACGAGCCCGAGGUCUACCCUGCCGGCUCCGUUCACCACCUCCGCCGUGGCCACGUCAAGCAGUACAAGAUGCCUGAGGGUUGCUUUGCCCUCGAGUACGCCCGCGGCUGGAUCCCUCCCAUGCUCUUCUUCGGCUUCGCCGACACCCUCUCGAGCACUCUCGACUUCGGCACGCUUUGGACCACCGUCCGCGUCACUGCCCGCGAGAUGAUCGGCAACUUGAUCCGUCUCAAGUUCUAAACCCGUUUGUUAUUACGGGGUUUCUUGGUUCGUGGGUGUUUUACGUGGUAAGAGCAAGACUUUUCGGCCAUUCCUAUCUGUCUGGAAAACAGGUCAUUUCCACAAGUCAGUCAUGACAUGGUAUUAUUGGGUGGGAAAAAGGAUAGGAUAAGAAGGUCUAUGGUCUGGUAUAGUACCGUGCUCUUUAUUUCAUAAAGCGAAAAGAAAAGAACCUGCAAGGGACAUAGAGAGAGGCGUAUGCCGUUGUUGGGAGAAUAGAUAGACUACCAACCUAGUAAUGCUAAUGAGGCUCUGACACAAUCCACAC